AUGCAACCGCUAACACUUCUCGUAUUCUCGCUUCUCGUCGCCGACUCAAUCGCGUUGUUCUGGAAUCUUCUGGGACUCGGCUGCAAUUGUUGCAUGUGCGCUCCACCGCGAUCACCGCACAACAUCGCCAACAUCAUGUAUCAAACGCAUCCGCAAAACUAUUUGGUCGGCCCGCCAUCGCCACCAUCACCACCACCACCACCACCAGCGCCAUUCGACUACUCGACAAGCUACACCGGCAACAUUCCGAUGGUCAGCGGCUAUGCGCUCCAAGAGCACGUCUACUCGGACCCUCUUCCCCAAUUAUUCCAGCCGGGACCGCCAUCGGCGAUGCCAAACUCCCAAGAAGAUCUUCAUCUCGAAGACACCUCGCCGCCGUCGCCUCAACGCCUCAUCAAUAGCCUCGAGAACGAGCUCAACGCUCAUCGAUACGAGCCGACGCAGGGUCUCGAAGAAUUCAUUCCGAUCGAGACUGGCAAUGGUCCAGAUCUCGCCGACCAGGAGCCCGCCAAUCUUCCGCCAUCCGUACGCGCCAAGAUCUCGCACGAGCCAUUCGAUUCGACGAACACGAUUUUCCGAAAUAGAUAA